GCAUGAACCUACUUAGCUUCUUCUCGAAGAAAAAUCCACUAUAAAUAAAGCGCAAACAAUUACUAAAAACCGAGGGAAUCACGAACAAAUAGAAAGAACAAAUGUUGAAAAACUCCAUUAAUAUUGCUCUGCUACUACUGCUUCAAGUUCUACUAGCGAUUGCGAUACACACAAGCGCUGAUGAAUCCUUCAACGUCCGUCAACAUCUGUCAACUGUUUCGAGAUACGAUAUUGUGAAGGAUAUAUCUGACAAUUCUUUUGUACCUUCCCAAAUUCCAGAUCAAUGUACUCCGAUUCAUUUGAAUCUUGUGGCACGGCAUGGCACUCGUGCUCCUACCAAGAAGAGGAUAAGGGAGUUAGAAGCCUUGGCUGGUCGACUGGAAGUCCUUGUACGUGAUGCUAAGGAACAGAAGCAGUCUUUGGAUAAAAUUCCUGCUUGGUUAACAGGAUGGAGCUCUCCUUGGAAGGGAAAACAUACGGGUGGAGAGUUGAUCCCUGAGGGCGAAGAAGAGUUAUAUCAGCUUGGUAUCAGAGUCCGAGAACAGUUUCCAGACCUGUUUAGUGAUGAAUACCACCCUGAUAUAUAUUCAAUCAAGGCUACCCAGGUUCCUCGGGCAUCAGCUAGCGCUGUGGCAUUUGGCAUGGGGCUGUUUAGUGGAAAAGGGAAGCUUGGGCCCGGGGCUCAUCGAGCUUUUGCUGUUACCAGUGAAAGCCGUGCAAGUGAUAUAGUUCUGAGAUUUCAUGAUUGUUGUCAAAGCUACAAGGAUUUUAGGAAAAGUCAGAAGCCAACUGUAGAGAAGCUCAAAGGACCUAUAUUAGAUGAGAUUACUCAUGCACUAGUGAGGCAAUAUGGUCUUAAUUUUACUAAACUGGAUGUAUCUUCUUUAUGGUUUCUCUGCAAACAGGAAGCUUCCCUGUUGAACAUCACCAAUCAAGCUUGUAGUCUAUUCAGGCCGUCUGAGGUUUCUUUGUUGGAAUGGGCGGAUGAUUUGGAGUCGUUCAUACUGAAGGGCUAUGGUAAUUCACUAAAUUACCGAAUGGGA